AUGUUCGAGAAGCAAGCCCUAAAGCAGUACGACCGCUCGCUCGACCAAGAGUCCUGGCCGCUCCUCGAGCUCACCGACGCGUGCGUGUACCGCUACCGCCGCGGCGAGAAGGACAUCAUGGCCGACCUGCUCGACGUCCAAGACACAGGCCCCUACCGGAUCCGCGGGAAGCUCUCUCCCGUGCCGGCCGAGUUCGCCGACAUCGUAUACCCCGGCAAGGCCGCCCGCCUCUACAGCGAAGAGCUCACCAUCGCCGGCGUCACCACCUACUCCAUCCAGUCGCUGGCCGACGGCACGUUCACGCUGUGGGCGCUGGGGCAGUGCGGGUGGUACUCGCUGGUGCCGUCGCGGCGCUACGCGCCCAUCUUCCUCGGCGCGCUCGAGAAGAUGCAGCUGUGGGCCUUCCUGCAGGACCGCUACCUCGACGCCUACGAGGGCGCGGGCCCGCCCAUCCCCGGCACGGUGCACGAGGUCUAUGCCGACUACUCGCGCCUGCGCAGGGAGUCGUGUCCGAGUGCUAGGGCCGCGGAGCGCCUGUUUGAUGCCCACCACCGCUUCCUGCUGUUUGAGAUGUGUGCGGCCUGGACGGACACGCCCAUGUGGGCAAGGACCCCGCUGUUUAGGGACUGGAAGGUCGCGUAUAAGCGGGAGGUGGAGGGGGUCGUGAAGAUGGCGGCGGCGGGGAGCCUGGAGGAGAGGAUCAAGGGGGGGAUGGUCAAGAGGGAGGUGAAGGAGGAGGAGGAGGAGGAGGAAGAGGAGGAGGAGGAGGAGGAGGAGGAGGAGGAGGAGGAGGAGGAGGACGAAGAGGUGCCGCCGCCCCCGGUAAAGAAGCCGGCGAAGAAGACGGCGGCGAAGAAGGGCCCGGCCAAGAAGUUGGUGCAGCAGAAGCUGGCGCCGAUCUUUGUGAAGAGGGAGCCCGCGGCGGAGCCGGAGCACAUCAUCAUCCUCGACACGGACGACGAGGACCCCGGCAUGCACAAUGCCGCUGCCGACGACGACUCCGACGACGACUGCAACGAGGACGAGGACGACGAAGACCAAGAAGAAGAAGACGAAGACGAAGAAGAGGAAGAGGAAGACACCCAGCCCUCCUCCUCCGCCCGCCGCAGCAACCGCUCCAAAGUCCCCCCCCGCCCAAUCUACAGCUCCAAAGGCAAAUCCGUCCUCCGCCCCGUACGCACGCCCGCGCCCCCGCCCGCCGCCGCCGACUCCGAGUCUGACUCCGAGCGCGACUCCCCGCCGCGGCCAGCACCAAAACGUACCUUCUCCUCCACAACCACCAGCAGCACCUCCUCGAAGCGCGCUCUCGACGGCGCCUCCCGCGCCGCCUCCGCCGCCUCGAAACGCGCGUGCACGGCCAGCGCGCGCACGCAGCCAUCACUGAUCACGACGCUGCGCAUCGGCGCGCCCACGGCCACGGCCACCGCCGCCGCGCGCGUCAAGACGACGACGACCACCACCACCACGACGUUCAUCUCGCCGCUGACGAGCAUUGCGCCGAAGGCGCUGGGCUCGAACCGGCCGGGGGGCCUGUGGGAGUGCGAGAUUGCCGGGUGUAGGCACUUUAUAAUGGACGCGGACCGCGAGGAGAGCUUGAAGGCGGUGGAGGCGCAUUAUGAGGAGCAUGGGAGGGUGAUGAGGAUGGCGAUGGAGGCGAUUGGCGGGGAGGUGGUGGAGGAGAGGGGGGGGGGGAGUGUGGAUAAUUUACUUGCGAAGAUUGAAGCCAUGGCGGAGCGGUGGGCGAUGACGAAGCCGGCGCCGUUGGGGGAUUGA